AUGGAGACGGUCAAGUGCGGUUCCGUUGUCGCUAUACGGGACGACGACAUGGGGCGCGCCGUCUGGGACCUGGUCCGGAAGAGGCUAGUCCAACCGUACGUGGAUGACGACCCGAGGCUGUUCGAUCUGUCAAUCGAACAUCGCAACCAGACCAACGACACUAUAUACCUGGAGGCUGCCCAGGCGUACAAGAUGCACAACGUCGGCGUCAAGUGCGCCACCAUCACGGCAGAGAAGGACGUUCUCGAGAAGUACCACUUGAAGCGCUUGUGGAUGUCGCCCAACGGCGCCAUUCGCAAUGCCCACGGCGGUGACGUGUUCCGGAAGCCCAUCGCCUGCCGCAACAUCCCUCCGCUCAUGAAUCAGUGGCGCAGGUCCAUCAUCAUCGCGCGCCACGCGUUCGGAGACCAGUACAACAGCCAGGACUUCGUGGUCCCCGGACCCGGCACGCUCCAGAUCAAGUACUCGCCCUCCAUUGGAGCUACCUACAACCGUGACGCUCGGUGCCCGGUGCGCAACUUUUUGGGCGGAGUUGGCGCGCAGCUCGCCAAGCGGGAGUGCCUCGAGCUGCAAGCCAUGCCGAGAAUCAAGCAGGCAUCCAAAAGUGAUCUUGAGCUUGAGGCAGCUGCUCUCAGGAAAGAACGUGAUGACCUCGCUGCCAUCCUCUCAAGCCAGCGAAACACUAAAAGUGCGGCCGUGAACAAGGUGGCGCAGCAGCAGCGUAAGUGCAUUCAAGAGCCGGAAGAUAGCGGUAACCAACUGCACAAAACGGUCAACCCGCAGCCCCGCAUGAUCAGGCUCAAGGAGGAUGCGGAACGCAGUGCCAAGAAGCUCCAGCAGGAGAUCUCGAACAUGAAGCAGGCGUGGGUUUAACUCAAGAAGCCUACGAAGGAGGAGUCUGAACGACAGCUUCGGCAACAGACUGAGCGCAUCCGCGAGGUUCCUGCCCUGCGAAUUCGCGAGCAGCAGCAGCAGCAGUUGACACAGA